CGCCUGCUGACAUUUGUUAUCGUCCCAGCCGAGAUUGCUGCUUCUGCAUUAUUGAUAAACUAUUGGAAUGACACUGUCAAUAACUCAGUAUGGGUUAUCAUGUGUUUUGUCGUCGUCCUCACUAUCAAUAUGCUCGGUACUGGCGCUUACGGCGAGGCGGAAUUCAUAUUUGCAUCUAUCAAGGUCAUCACAAUCACCGGUCUUAUUAUUCUCGGUAUAAUCAUCGAUUUGGGAGGUGGCCCAAACCAUGAUCGUAUUGGAUUCCGCUACUGGAAAAAUCCUGGACCAUUCGUUCAGUAUAAUGGUAUCGGAGGUGUCAAGGGACGAUUCCUUGGCUGGUGGGCCGUUUUGACGCAGGCUGCUUUCUCGUUCAUUGGAACUGAGAUUGUUGCUAUUGCUGCUGGAGAAGCAAAGAAUCCUCGUCGUACCUUGCCCAAAGCCAUCCGUCGAGUAUACAUCCGUAUAUUACUUUUCUACAUCGGUGGCACACUCGUCAUUGGUCUGCUUGUACCAUCCAACAACCCAUUACUGCAAUUGAACAGUGGAACCGCCCAGUCUCCAUUCGUCAUUGCUAUCGAAACAGCCGGAAUUAAAUCUCUUCCCUCAAUUGUCAAUGCUUGCUUAUUGACCUCGGCAUGGUCCGCUGCAUCUAGUGACUUGUACACUGCGUCUCGUGCGGUUUAUGGUCUUGCAGCCUCAGGAAAUGCUUCCAAGUACUUCCUUAAAACCACGCGCAACGGGUCGCCUUACGUUGCCGUCCUCUUCAGCGCCUCUUUCUCCCUUCUUGCCUUCAUGGCUGUGUCCACAAGUGCGGGCGCAGUGUUUAACUGGCUUGCCAACAUGUCAUCUGUCGCUGGCCUUAUGUCGUGGUUUGGUAUUUCGGUGACGUAUCUCCGCUUCUACAAGGGCAUGCAGGCCCAAGGCAUCGACCGCAAGACGCUCCCUUACUACACAAAUCUGCAGCCAUACGCAGCGUGGUGGGGAGUCGUUUCAACGAUCACCAUCUGUUUUUUCAGCGGAUGGAGCGUCUUCCUCAAAGGAGAGUGGAAUACUGCAAAUUUCGUCACCAACUACCUCCUGUUUAUUACCUGGCCAAUUAUGUACGUUGGCGCUCGCUACUACUAUGGCAUCAAGCCUGUUGCUGCGAAGGACAUGGACUUCAAGAGCGAUCUAGCUGAAAUCGUGGCGGAUUCAUACGACGAACCCCCACCAAAGAAUAAGAUGGAAGCAUUCUGGAAAUGGCUGGUGAGCAUAGCUGCUCCACUUGGCAAUUUUUGACAUCACUAACGUCGCCUCAUUCGUAGUUGUAAUUAUACCUGCAAUAAGACCUGGUUGUUGUAUGUCACUGCCAACUCUAUCAAU